AUAUAUAGCGUGUGCACAGACGGUAUCACUCAAUUUUGGAGACAUUACUGAUUUAAGUAAAGAGUCGACGGGUCGUUUGAUUUAAGAUGGAAAUUACUAACUUUAAAUUAGGCGUUGAAGUCCGAGGAUUCCGACUUACCAAGCAGUCGACAUACUCGGAAGAGUUAGUGGAGAAAAUAAAGAAAUUAGUUCACAAACACCGUAUUGUGGUGUUCAGAGAUCAAGGUGAUGUGAGCGGAGAAAAACAUGUCGAAAUAAGCCAAUGGUUUGGAGACAUUGACGGCACAGUGUUUGAAGGAGAUCCUCUGUUUGCCCAUCCGAAAUGUCCACAUCCAAACGUCCAUAGAAUAUCAAAUGACCCGGAAGAGGGAUGUACAAAUGCCGGACGCUCCGGAUGGCAUAUUGACGGUAGUUUCGUACAAGAGCCGUUUGGAUACGCUUUAUAUCACAUGCCAGCCGUACCAAAAACCGGCGCAACAGAAUUUAUUGGCUUCAAAGAGCUGCUAGAGAGCAUCCCAGACGAGAUGCGAAAGAGAUGGGAACGACUGUGGAUGGUGUCUGACAAGGGCGAUAAAUUGAUACAUCCUUUAGUUUACCCCCAUCCUGUGACAGGAAACCCGGCUAUGUGCAUACAUCUUGGCAUGACGGAAGCGUUCAUCUGGGACAAAGGUACGACGGAGGAAAGGAGGACUGAUGCAGUAGAGACUAAGGAGCUGUUAGAAGAAAUCAAAAAUGAAAUAGAGAAAGACGGACGGCGAUUGGUUUAUCCACAUGAGUGGAGGGAUGGCGACUUUGUAAUCACUGAUAAUCUCGCUGUUGGGCACUUUGCAAGCGCAAACGCCAUAAGACCCAGGUCUGAAGUUGGACUCCGAAUUCUGCACCGUACUACAAUCAAAGGAAUUAGCAGACCAAGCAAGGGAUGAAAGAUGCAACAAAGCAAAAACACUUUCACCGGAUCAUUUCACAUAUUUAUAUUAUCAGUCCCAAAUGUAUUUAAUAUUAGGAGUGCUUGAGAAAAUGACUUUCCAGUAGUUAUUAGAUUAACUAAAAAUAAAUUUGAAGCAACUCUUUUACAGGUGACACGAUAAACGGGUGCCUUUAAAUACCGAGUCAUUCAUUGUUAAAUUAGUACCAUGCGUUCUGGUACAAUAAUUAUAGACGUUCAAUGGAAAUUGUUAAAAGGCUAAACCUUAAGUGUAUUGUCUAGUAGUUUAAGAUAUUGUCAAUGGGGAUUGUGGUGGCGUUACAAACACUUCAGUUUGUAAUAACUUUUGUAUUAAGGUAGUUCUGCACGUUUGAUAAACCGGAAGUGAUGGCGUAACGUCAUUUAUCCGGAAAACGUAGAAUAAAGCCUGGAUUCGGCGUACGGAAAUGAAAAUCAUCCUCUGAAUUAAUCGCCACCUGUGAGUAAAUUUAUUACAAAGUCAAAAUAUGGUAUUAAAACAUUCAAAAUAAUGUCUUAAAAUUAGCGUGAAAUGUCCGGUUAAUUUUAAUCAUGGUCAAAUAUUUUUAAAAUAAGCACACGGACCUAUACAUUUCAUUUCAUCAAAUUAUAGGCCAUGUCUUUAUUCACAUCUGUGAGAAGCUUCAUCAAAAUCUACAUUGUAGAAAAGUUUCUAUUUGCGAAAAUAUUAUGAAAGUUAUGAUUUUACCAUUGACUCCCAUUAUGAAAUAUUGCAUGAAGUCCAUAUUUUUCAAAUCAGGCUAGCAAAAAAUCAAGUACACGACCCUAUCAUUUUUAUUUGCUGAAUUUUCUAUGUAUAUUCUGAAGUUUUGAAAAAUCAGAGUUUAGUCAAAUUCUACAUUGUAGAAAAAAAAUCGAUCCAAACGUGCAGAACUACCUUAAUCUCGAAGGAAAACUGAAGCUUAUUCAAAUCACUCUUGAUUCACUGUCCUUGCCCUACUGCCACACGAGGAGGCACACAGUGAUCCAAGUUUGGUUCACGGUUGCAAUAUGCUUCGUGUCAUUCCGGACAAUGAAUGUCUAUAGAUCUUUAGUGAUGGCAUUAUUAAGAAUUUCAUAUAAAAAACCAGGUUUAAAGGAAUAUUUUCUUUGAAAACUGUAAAUCAGUUGCUUUAAAUGUGUGUACAUUUCUGUUGUUACUAAUUCUACCUCUUGCUGCUAAGCAUGUAACUUGAUUGGGUGCUUUAUUGAUGUAUACAUCUCCUCGGCCCUUUUCGUCAAACUGAAUCGCCGAGGGGCAUUGAUUGGUGCAAUUAAUUUAGACUGUGUCUCUAGCAUAUAUAGAUCGCCUGUAACUUUUACACUGUAUUCAUUUAAGAAUGAAAAUAAGAGUUAAAUGUGUGUUUAGUAAAGAUUUCCUCUGCAUACUAGACCAAAUCUUGCCCUGUAGACCACUAGUUUUAUUUCUACAAUGUAUUUUAACCUGAGAAUAAAGUGGUUGCGAAAUUAGGUUUGACUAUAAAAUAGCGUUUUCAUGUUCAUGUGUAUGGUAUUUUGAAUGGCAAUACAAUUUUACUUUUUACAUUUAUACCAUAUGUGUCUAUAUCAUUAUUUAUAUUUUUACAUUUAAAUGAAUAAAAUAUCGUAUUCAG